AUGGUCCUGGUGGCUGGUCGAAAAGUUAAGAUCAUCAAGAAGCACAAAAGGCGCUUUACGCGUCAUGAAUCGGAUCGAUACCAUCGAUUACGCCCAAAUUGGCGAAAACCCAAGGGCCAGCGACGGAUGCCGAAAAUUGGAUAUGGUAAUAACAAGAAAACACGUCAUAUGCUGCCGAACGGUUUCCGCAAAGUGCUCGUACAUAAUGUUAAAGACUUGGAGAUGCUGCUGAUGCAGAACAAACGAUUCGCAGGUGAAGUGGCACAUGGCGUUUCAUCCAGAAAGCGCAAAAGCAUUGUGGAACGCGCCCAGCAGCUCAACAUCAAGUUGACAAAUGGUCAUGCACGGAUCCGAUCGGAAGAGAAUGAAUAA